CCCCACUCCCAGUGUAGUUUAUAACCCUCACUCAGUCCAGGAAGAGACAGCACACAGACAAGCAGCAAGAUGAAGAACCUUCUGCUGUUGGGGAUUGUUUCUGCAGUGUUCACCAUCAGCCAUUCACAACGGCAAGACUUCUGUAAGCUGCCUCCUGUUGAAGGUGAAGGUUCAAACUUCGAGUUUUCUUUGUAUUAUGAUGUCGACAAAGACCAGUGCACUCCUUUCGUGUACAAAGGCAGUGGAGGGAAUGCUAACCGUUUCGUAAAUGAAAGAGAGUGCAUGAGGAACUGUUCACUCAACAUCGAGAAGAUCUACCCCACGGAUGCAUCUGAACUUUGCAUCUUGAAAAAGUUACCAGGUAAAUGCAAUGGCAAAUAUUUGAGAUACUACUACGAUUCAGCUCAUGACAAAUGCAAAAAAUUCUUCUGGACCGGAUGCAUUGGAAAUGGAAACAGAUUUUUUGACUUCGACAGCUGCAACAAAACCUGUGCUGGCAUUCAUGAGGACAGUGAGGACCCGGAGGAGGACGAGCCAGACACUCCUAUUGCAAUCAUCUGUGGAGUGCUGCUUGGUGUCAUUAUUGCUGCCCUCAUUAUAACUGUGGUUGUCCUGAGCGUUCGGUCAAAUAAGCAGAAGUCAAAGAAGAAGGGCGCAAGAAAAAGCAAAGACGGCCAGUCUGAAUCACCUCUUCAGAAUCCUGGGAUUGAAAUGGCAUAAAUGACCUCAAUAUGGCAAUAUGUGGAGUUUUUAUCAGCUUCGUUUUGCAUAAUAAUUCUACUAGCCUUGAUAUGAAACAUAUCGCGGUUGCUACUGGUUAUAACAUUUCUGAGUCCAACUUAGCCACAGCAAUUUUGCUAGGUUUUCUAUUUUGUUUUACGUGCAAAGGGAAGUUUCUUACGUUUAUAUCAUUUUCGUUAAAGCUUCAUGUCAUACUGUCAGUCAGUAUAAUCAAUUAAUUAACAAGCAAAAAUAUUUACAAUUGAUUAAUCGGUGAAGCAAUUUUUCCAGGAGAAACACAAAGAAUUUGCUAUUCUCUCAGCUUUUCAAUUGUUAGGAUUUCCCACAUUUCUUGGUCUUCAAUAAUAAACUGAAUAUAUUUGGGUUUUGCACCGUUGGUCAGACUGAACAAAUCAUUUGAGAUCCGAUGAACUGGGGCACACAUUUCCCACAAACUAUGCACAUUUCAAAGUCCAAUUCAAUCAACAUCAGAGAAAACAGCUGAUUGUUAGUUUCAACCUGAAAAGAAACACACCCAUUGCUCAGAGGACUAUUGGGAAAAAUAUCCAUUUGAACCAAGUCAGAGUUGCCUGAAACGAUUUCAACAGUGUGAUCUCAUAAUCACUUCAGUGUUUCCAAAAUAUAACUGAAUCAUCACCUGCCAAUUUUGCUGAAAACUGAAGUCUUCUGAAGGGACGUGCCAAUUCAAAGCCCAACACAUAUAUUUAGAACUGUUUUUAUACACUAAUGCCUUGUGCACUCUCUGUUAUUACAUUUUCCCGCUCAGCAUUUGUGAAUCUUUGGUUUAAGGUGGUAGAGACCCUGACACAAAAAUGUAAAAAAAGAAAAAAAAAAACAAAACAAAAAACAUUUACUAACAUCCUAAAAUUUGCAUUUUAUUUCUUGCUCAUGUACUGUAUUUGUGAUAUGAAAAUUAUUAUUGAUACUGAAGAUACUCAAGGCCUUAUUUUAGGGGGAAAUGUGCUUUUGAAGUUCAAUUUUUUUUUAUUGUUUAGAGUAGUUGGUGUAAAUAUCAGUUGAACAUUGUCAUUAACAUCUGUGUUUAGUGCUAACAGUCUUCUCAGUGUUGUUUAACAGAAUACACCACAGGGCCUUUUUUUAAAGUGCUUUUGUACUGUUUGAGUUAUAGCAGGAUUGAACAAGACAAUGUUUGAUUAAUUCAAUAAAAAAUAUGCUGGUGGA